AUGGCUUCUCACCGCACCGGCGGCACCCAACCUUCGGCCCCGCCGGCAUCCGACUCCGAACAGCCGCGUGUUGGCUAUCCCUACCAACCUCCUCCGUCUGCAAUCUCCUCUCCAUAUGCCCCAGUCGCUCACACACACAGCAGCGGCGCCGGAGGCUCGUUCGGUCCGGAUCCGACCCGACCGCCUCAAGGAUACGGGUAUUACCCCUACCCUCCACCGCCGCAGCAUCAUGUUUACAGCUCGUUUCCGCCGGGUACUCACCCGGACGUGGUCCGAAGCUUCCAGAUGGUGGACAGGAACCAAAACGGAUAUAUCGAAGAAAGUGAGCUGCAAGAGGCUUUGGCUUGGAGUUACUCAAAAUUCAGCCGCAGGACUUUGCGAAUUCCCAGGAAUCUUUCUCUAGAAUCGGACCAAAGGAGUUUGCGGAUAUAUGGAGUUGUCUCGGCCAGUAGCGGAUUUGAUAGAGACCGAAGUGGGAAAAUCGAUGCUACGGAAUUGAGGGAUGCCUUAUAUAGUCUUGGAUAUGCAUUACCACCUUCUGUUCUGCAAGUCUUGAUUUCCAAAUAUGAUGAUGGCAGUGGACAUAAGGUGGAGCUGAGUUCCGACAGUUUUGUUGAGUGUGGGAUGAUCGUAAAGGGUUUGACAGAAAAGUUCAAGGAGAAGGAUGUACGAUAUACAGGGUCAGCCACUCUAUCUUACGACACUUUCAUGUCCAUGAUCAUUCCUUUCCUUGUUUCAGAUUAGCCCCUUCACCAAAUUGGAUUUGGUUUUAUAAACUCUUUGUACAUAUGCAUAAGUUAAAAAUAAAAAGGCGUGUACCGUGUUGUCUGAAUGUUUCUUUCUUGGUUUUGUCAAUGAACGACCUUCGGUGUUUAAUGUAUAUUAUAGAUUCGACCGAUACCUGUGUAGCACAUACGCUUUGUUUGCCGUUGUUGAUGGGAUUCAAUUAUUUGUUUGAUUAAAUUUGUUUG